AUGAGUUUUUCGCCGAAACUGCCCGCAUCUCCUGCAGUCGAUGACAAAGAAAGUGAAGGAGAUACCUCCAAAUCAAGUACAUCAAAUCAGCAGCCUAAACCAAUCCAGCAUAAUGAACAAAGCACGUCAGAAUCGAGAGAUGUAACAUCAAACUCCUCAAUAUCACCUACAAAUUAUAAUUAUUUAAAGGCAUUGCAAUUUUCAAAACCAACAAGUGAUUCUGAUGACUCGACAGACGGGUUUCCGAAGUACGGUCCAAAGAGAAGUGACACUCUACCUAAUAGUUAUUUCAGCAGUUUGUCAACGUAUGGCAUGAAUAAUUCAGAGCUAAAUCUUGAUUCUUAUUCGAGUGAUGACGACUAUAAGGCUAGACUAAAGGUAUUGGGUAAAGGCAAGAGUCUAUUGAAGAAAAAUGUAUUUAAAUGUAGUAAGAGAAGAUCUGGUGAUAGUAGACUUAAAGACUCCAUAUUAUCGAGUUAUGCUGAAAUAUGUUAUAAAUGUAAACUGUGUAAGGUUUCACCUUGUUAUAUGGCGAGUGUGGAAAGUUUUAUAUUUCAUAUGAAGAAUCAGCAUUCAGAUAUUUAUAAGGAUAUAUUAUUGAAACCUGUCACUAAUGGCAACUGUCAUCCAGUAGAAAUGACCAAAACUAUUGACGGCUCUUCUUCAGAUGACGCUUCUUGUACCAAUAUUGGUCGUAUUACUAGCGAACAUUUGUUAAAGUAUAGUAAAUUGUGGCAGAAUUCUCCGAAAUCGUCAGCAACCGACCCCAAAUCUACAGAAGAAACGAAAUCAACGCCAAGUACAAGUAGUAGUAAGCCGACAACACCGGUUCCAACUCAAAUUCAGAAGGUUACUGAGCAGUUUUUAAAAUCAUGUGAUAAUCUUUCAUUACCUGGUAAGCAAACAAACUCUCAUAUCGGAGGAUCGAACCAUACAGACAGAAGUAAAUCAACGUCUACGUCAAUAAAUACCAGCAAAAAAUCACCAUCUUCACCAUCGACAACGGCACAGAAUGGAUGGCUAUGUGAUCUUCCACCAAGUUUUACUCCCGAGUUUGGACGCUACACAAAACUGGUACGGGAAGGUGGUAAUAUUGUUUAUUUUUGUCAAGUUUGUAAUUGGAAAUGUCAAGUUAAGGCAGCAUUUGGAGUUCAUUGUAAUGGACAGCAGCAUCAUACUAAAGCUCGUUUGGCAGAUCAAAAUAAUUUUGAUAAAUGUAAACAGAAAUCAGAACCAAAUAACGUGAAGGCAGCCAUAAGAAAAGCUAUUGAUUAUAGAGAUAAUCUUAACAAACAACAGGCAACCAACAGCAGCAAUGCAAGCAGUAAUAACGCCAAUUCGGUUAAAUUACCAAUCAUUAAUGUGCCAAAAGUUCCAACUUUUAACAAAGUUUUGCCAACAGAAUCCGAUUCAACGAAACAACUAUUAAAACAGGGCGAUAUCAACGAAAAACAGAACGAUAUUGACAAGCUUGAGAUUCGUAAUAAAAGAAAAAGACCUUUUCCAGUGAGAAGAAGCUCGGCCGAUGGUGAUGAUUGGGUAGAUUCUGAAUCAGAAGACGAUUCUAGUAGAAAACGUAAACGACCAGAUACUAUAAUUGAACCUUUACCUAAGAAAGUCAUUAAUCCAUUUUUAAGUCACUACCCAUCAAUGAUUCCAAUGGAUGAUUACUUUUCCAGAUACUCAUCCCCUAAGCAACAUAGUAUUGGAUCAAUAUUGGACAAUGAAGAGAAGGUUACUAAGAUUGAAGCAGAAAGUAGAGAUAAGGACGCAUCUUUAAAUCUUCCAUUGUUUCCCACUGGUAGUACAGGUCUUCUUCCCGAAUCUAGAGAGGAGAAUCUAGAUAUACAGUUUAGAUGUACAUUUUGUAAUGUAUAUUGUGCUGGAGCGUCAGAUUAUAAAGAUCACUUUAGGACUGAACAUGAUAUCGAUACACCGGAUUUAUCAAUGGCCGAUGGAAAAGGAAGUCAGAAUAACGAAUGGUGGAAGAUGAUGAAAAUUAAAGAAACUUUACCAGACACACUGGUCAGUUGUCCGAAAGGAAACGUGUCAAGAGAUUUGUUACUACAUAAAGUUAGUUUAACAUUGAAUAUGCCCGAAGUUGUGAGAUGGGGUCCAUCUUGUAAUAAAGCUGUUCGAGAAGAAUUCCCAAACUCCUUAGCACAGAGGAAGGGAAAGUUUAAGAAAUAUCCUUUGCAUAAUAAUUUCUAA